GCAUCGAUCAGUCGAUAAAUCGCUUGCAGUCCAUCUGCGGCCUGGCGGGUUGCCUGAUAUCGUACGGAAGGAGACCAUCGGACUUUUUGUCGCCUGGGAUUUAUCAUUAAAUUGUUUGGUUGUUAUAAGUGGGUGGUUGUGUGGUUUUGGAGUGUGGUUCAAGUGUAUGAUGAGAAUGAUGGGCGAAGGCGAGAUGGGCUACGGGGACUACUACGGCUACGACAACGGCUGGGCCGCGCCCGCGGAGUACGACCCGGGCUACCAGAUCCGCCAGCAGCAGAUGGAGGAGGACUACAGAUACAACUCCUAUGCUUUGCUGGACAGCAUGAAGAUGCCCGGCCAGCGGCCUGGGUUCCAGAUCUCGGACAUCCUGGGCCUGAACGAGGGCAAGGGGCUGGAGGCGCCCACGCAGCCGCUGAGCUCGCUGGAGCUGCCGCCCUACCCGCCCGCCCAACACUACCCCCAUGACCUCUUGAGGCACCACCAGCCUUGGUUGACGUUAGACCACCACGAGGGAAAUGGUAUUAUCGGGCAGCAAGCGAGUCCUGACAGUACAUCUAGAGCAUCCGAGCUGUCGUACAUCGGCGCCUCGGCCGCCUCGCCCAACGUCACCGACCCUCGCGUCGACCACGACCACGACCACGACAACGACCACGAUAUCGACCACGACGACGACACGGAACUUGACCAGCCACCGAAUAACAACUCUGACCCGAACAUGGCUCACAAGAAACGCAAACGACGUGUUCUUUUCUCAAAAGCGCAGACCUACGAAUUAGAGAGACGAUUCCGGCAGCAGAGGUACCUCUCGGCUCCCGAGCGGGAACACCUGGCAAGCCUAAUACGCCUCACGCCCACUCAGGUCAAGAUAUGGUUCCAGAACCACAGGUACAAGACGAAGCGGGCGGUGCAGGAGAAAGGUGCUCAUGAUAUGAACGUCGGAGGGUUGAAUUCGCCGCGACGCGUGGCCGUGCCCGUGCUGGUGAAAGACGGGCGGCCGUGCCUGGGCAAGCCCGACGGCCUGCCGCCGCUGGGCAUGUCGCUGCCGCCCUACCAGCCCAUGCACCACCAGCCGUCGGUGGCGGGCCACGCGUCGCAGCCCAGCGGCUGUUGGUGGUGAUCACGCGCGCGUCACCGCUCGACCCAGUGUUUUGCUAGUCCAAUGACGCGAUAUGUCCGCAAAUAUCAGCGAAGCCACAUCUGAUUAUCGUUUGACACCGGUUAUCGUCGGCGAUGUUUGUGAAGAUACCGCGCCAUACGUUUUCGGAAACAUUCCGUAAUGAGAUUUAAGUUUAAAAUUGUUACCUGUGUAGUAUUGAUUGGUUCAAAAGUAACUCGAAUACUAAAGUAUGGUCAGUGUCGACAAGCGGCACUUUAUUUAAAAUUUAAAGGUAUCUGGAGUUCCUAGUUAUGUGUAUUAUAUUACCAUCUAAUUUUAGACAAAUAAAAUUAACGAAUCUAUGAGCCAAUAUGGUUAUUUGGAAAGUUUCUAAUUAAUUAGGCGAUAAUUAUAGUGAUUGAGUACAUUCCAUCGUAAUAAUGGACGUUGUAUAUUUAUGUAAAAAGCUUUUGAGGUGGUUAGUUACUUGAAUAUUAUUAUGAGAAAUGACCAGAUUUUAUCAAAAUGCAAUAUUUAGCGUUAAGGUGCAGUAUUAUCAUAGUCGAAUAAAUAUGCUUAGUGGAUAGUUAUUUAUGUAUAUUCCAGAUAACAAAGUUUUAUAUUAUAUGGGCAGAGAUAUGAGUAGAGUUAUUGGUGUAUAUUCUGUACAUAAGGGUUUGUGAGUUAUCAAGCUGGACUUGCAGCGCGCGACCUGGUUCACGUCAUCGUGCCCAUGUAUCACACAGUAUUUUCUAGCAUUCCAAAUACUAUUUUCACACAUCGUACUCUACUGAAAACCGUAAAUAAGAUUGUAAAAACGUGUUACAUAUAAAUUAUUAUGAGAAUAUUAAAUUGAUUGAAUGUA